AUGGCCAAGCCGCAAGUGGAGCUAGUCUUCUCCUUUCUUUACAUCGCGAGCCUGACGUUCCUCCUGGUCACGUGCAUAGCCAGGAACGAGCCGCAGCCGAUCGACGACGUCAGUUGCAGCGACGCCCUGAAGACUAUGAUGCCCUGCCAGCCCUACUUGAACGGGUCCGAACCGAAGCCAGCUGGGCCGUGCUGUUUGGCCGUGGAGAAGGUGAAGGAGCUGGCGAACUCGACGCAGGGACCGCAAGACCUGUGCGAGUGCUUCAAGAAAGCCGCUCCCGAUCUCGGAGUCGACCCCGAAAGGGCCAAGGCCCUUCAUGGCCUCUGCCAUGUUCAGCUGCCUGUGCCCAUUGAUCCCAAUAUCGAUUGCAGCAAGGUUCCAUUUGGAAACUAUUACAAUCCUGGGGCUUGA